CUCCAAUUGCCAUCCGUGACAAACCAACUCCACACCUUCAACAACAACCUCACCAACUCCUCCCUCUCCUCCUCCCCUCUAACCCCUCCUCCGAUCAAAUCCCUUCCCCUCCACUUCACACAAAAUGUCCUUCGACGCCUCAGCCUCAUUAUCCAUCUCCGACCCAAACGCCCGCGCCCUGAGCUCCUCAUGCUUCGACUUCCUCCUCAUUGAACUGGUCCCCAUGGCCGAACGUCUUGCCAAAGACCUGGCUACACAAGAGAACCCCGAAGACGAGGAGGUUCGCGAGUCUACAUAUUUUCGUCUGGAAUCGUUGGGAUACAGGGUGGGACAGGGUCUUGCUGAGAGAUUCUCCCGAGAUCGCCCCCGAUUCACCGAUAACCUCGACGUGAUCAAGUUUCUCUGCAAAGACUUGUGGACAGUCCUCUUCCGAAAACAAAUUGAUAAUUUGAAAACAAACCACCGAGGAGUCUACGUGUUAACAGAUAGCUCAUUCCGACCCUUCGCCCGGAUGAGCAUGGCUGUACGAACGGAAGCUGUAACGAUGGCGCAAGCAUAUCUGUGGUUUCCCUGUGGUAUCAUCCGAGGCGCUCUCGCCAAUCUGGGGAUUAAUACAACCGUGCAGGCGGAGACGUCUGAGCUUCCAGGGGCAACGUUUCAAAUUAAGACGGUGCCGGCUCGGCCUUGAAUUGGGAAUGGAACCAGGAGUGCCGAAGUCCGGGAGUAACAUAAUGUUCAGGCAGGCCUGGACAAGACCACAACGUCGCGGAUCUGCAUCGCUCCAUUGGCGACUUUACAAUUCUUUUCUGGACUUUCGCCGGCUGGACUGGCAAGAGGUCCGCGAGUGUUAGCCGCAGUCUGCUCCCUCGCCACGAUUGAGAGCAUCUUCGGCCGUCGGCUACGCAGAAAAAAGAA